GGACCCGCUUUUGCUCGGCGGAGACGACAGGCGAGAGGGAUCAACGAUGCCAGACUGCGGCCACGCCUGCAACUGUAGUCGUGGCCCUAAUGUGGAAGACAGCAAGUGGAAGGGGAUCUGCUCCUAUCUGCACUUCUUCAACAAUGGCUGCUCUAAGACUGGCCUCAGCCAUGAAUCUCUCUCGCUGUGCCCCCGUCAACCAUGGGUUUCACUGUGCUGGAAGAUCACUCUGUCCAUAGGAACCCUUCUUCUACUGCUGGGUUUUGCAGCCAUUGUCACCGCUUUCGCUGUGCCCUCCAAGCUUGUGAGCAUCAGCGAGGGAGAGUUCCUGAUCCUGGAGCGAGGGCAACGCCACUACAAUGGUGUCCUUGGCACCUACCGCCUGCUGGGGAUCGUGCUCUGCACAGUGGCCGGGGUCUUGCUGGUGGUCUGUCUGUUCUGGACCAUCAUGGACUGGGUGGGCUAUGACCCCGAGGCUGAACUUCUGUAUGCUGAAACUGAGAGUGAAAGUAAUAUGGAGGAGGAGGAGGAGGAGGAGGACGAGGAGGAGGAGGAGGAGGAGGAGGACGACGACGACGACGAGGAGGUGGAGGAGGAGGAAGAUGACCAUGAGACACAACAGCACGUCUCCCCAAUCUACCAAGUCGACGACGAUGACAAUGGCAAUGAUGACGAUGAUGACAGUGAGCAAUCUUGGUUCUCACUCUCCAUCAGACAUUUUGGACAAUCCUCUGUACAGAACGUCCAGCCUCGGAGGCGGAGACGAAGACGACGAAGAAGACGGAGGCAGCAGGAGUCGUGAGCCGCUCAUAGGGCCAGAGAAGGAGCCAGAUCCAUAGCCUGGGCCCUUCCUCCCCCACUCACCCCACUUUCUCUUUUCCCUCAACCUCUCCCUCUUAAUGAUUCCCAGUCACAGAGUAUGGAGUUCAAAUCCCCGUGCCCCUUCUCCAGGGGACUAGGGCUCCAGGCAUCCGAGACGUGGGCCUUCCCCCAAAUUCUCCCCAAACUUCUCAUCCAGUCCUGCUUCACAUGAUCCCGACAGCUCCUAUUUUAGAGCAUUUUUUCAGGGUCCCAGGAGACCUGUCAAGGGCUGGGAGACUGGUUGGGCUGUGGGAAUAGACUUGGAGAUUUCCAGGUGGCUCAGGAGAUAAUUUGGACGUGCAUAUGAGGCCACGUUCAAGAUUCAGAGAGGCAGAGAGCUUGGUUGCUUUGACCCUCAGAGUGCAUCUACUUCAAAACCCAAAUCCAC